AACUUACUUGAAUAACUCUGGUUCGAUCCAGUAAUGGACACUCCAGUCAUAUAAAUAAAGUUUAACUGUGAAAAAUUCGAGUGACUGUGAUUUUAUACUGCAAAAUAAAUCUCUGAUUUUCGGGCUGUAUUCGUCAGGUGAAAACCAAAUGAAAAUUUCAUCGGGGAAAAUUGUACGCAGACGGAACCAAAUUCAGGAUGAUUUUGUGUUUCCAUCAAGGAACGAAGUGGCGCUCGGUAAGACUAGUCAGAGUGUAGAAAACGAGCUUGGAGGCGUGUCGUUGUGUGAAGUGACGGAAGGAGCACUGAAAGUAUGGCGCAGUUUACCAGAUAUGAUUAGAGGAGAUCCAAGCCUAGCGAUAAUUAGACAGGAACAUGAAAAGUUGCAUGGACCAAUCGCAGAGGACGUGGAUCCAUUACCAUACGAAAGUGAAAAUGAACAUAAAACAAGCAAUGGAAAUGGCGAACUGACAAAUAUCUGCAUAAUAAACGUUGAUGGGGGAAUAAAAACGACGGAAAAAGAUUCAUGUCAUUUAACACAUAAUGGACAUCACACCGAACCAACAGCUGAAAAACACGAACGUACAAAGCUAAUGACAUGGUUUCAUCGCAUCAAAAUUGGAGUUUUGGUUGCAGUAUGGAUCUUUUUCACAUUUGUACUGAUGACCUACGGCGAUAAAGAAGUAGAACCUCGGCAGAUAUCGGUUUCACCAAACGAAAAUCGAACGCACUUAAUUCACGAAUCACUUCGCGGUCAACGAAUUGGUAUUACCCUUCGAGGAGCAUUCGUCGAAAGAGAUCUACCGAAUAUCACUAACUUUCUGUACGUCCACUUCGAGCUUCUUAAUGGGCAUGAUCAUGAUGGUCAGGCUGAGAUUAUCACAUCAAUGAGUCACAUUCCAGUCGUCAAUGUAGACGAGAUCGGACAUACCGAAGAAAUUGAUGUGAAAGUUAAUUUUGACAUUGGAGAUGAAGCUUUCGCUAAGCUUCAAAAUGAAGGAGGUGUGCUGCGUGUUAAUAUGCAUACAAACAUUGACACUGGACUGCCGUUUAUUUUCACGUUCGAUCCAUCACCAAUGAACGAAAAUAUUGGCGUAAUCAGUGCGGCCAUUGUCCUGUUGAGUUUGUACGUUCUGAUUAUAUGGGAAAUCGUUCAUCGAACGUUCGCUGCAAUCACAGCGAGCACACUGGCCUUAGGCGUAUUAUCGCUAAUGCACCAAAAGCCCGACAUGGAAGAGAUCAUCAGUUGGAUAGACAUUGAAACUUUACUGCUGCUGUUUGGAAUGAUGCUCUUGGUGGCUAUAUUGUCAGAGACUGGUGUUUUCGACUAUUUGGCUGUUUAUGCUUAUAAGAUUACAGGUGGAAAGGUUUGGCCAUUAAUUACCUGUCUAGCCUUAUUCACUGCUGUUUUAUCAGCGUUUUUGGACAACGUUACCACCAUACUUCUGAUGACUCCUGUUACGAUCAGAUUGUGUGAAGUAAUGGGCCUGAACCCAGUGCCCAUACUGAUGACAAUGGUUAUUUAUUCAAAUGUUGGGGGAACUCUUACACCAGUCGGAGAUCCACCAAAUGUUAUUAUCUCAUCGAACGCAGAUGUCGUCGCUUCCGGCAUCAAUUUUCUCAAUUUCACCGGGCACAUGGCUUGUGGAAUCAUUUUUGUGAUUAUACAAACGUACUUUCAAAUUCGAUUCACAUUCCGAAACAUGGACAGUCUCCGUUUCACCGAACCCAGAGGCAUCCAAGAAUUACGUCAAGAACUAGCUGUUUGGCAACGAGCUGCGGCUAACCUGUCUUCAUAUACAAGAGAUGAAGAUUUGGUCAAAGAGACUCUAUCGAAAAAAGCCGCAUUUUUGGAGCGUACGUUGAAGAAACGAUUAGCCACUGGAAAAUUGCCGGCCGACACCUACAAAACAACACUCAAGGACUUACAGGAAAAAUUCCCAAUUCGCAACAAGAUUUUACUCAUCAAGUGUGGCGUUGUGCUAACCUUCACCAUCCUAUUCUUUUUCCUGCAUGCAGCACCGGAAAUUCAAAAAUUGUCCAUUGGUUGGGUGGCACUAUUAGGUGCAAUUUUACUGCUGGCACUGGCUGAUCGUGAAGAUCUUGAGGCUGUAAUCCAUCACGUUGAAUGGACCACUUUGCUGUUUUUCGCCGCUCUGUUUGUUCUCAUGGAAGCGCUAUCUGAGCUUGGAUUAAUCGCCUGGAUUGGACAGCAAACGGAGAAUGUUAUUUUGGCCGUUUCGGAAGAAGCCCGUUUGGCUGUUGCAAUUCUGAUCAUUUUAUGGGUGUCAGCAGUAGCGUCAGCGUUCGUCGACAACAUACCGUUAACGACCAUGAUGAUAAAGAUUGUCAUAUCACUGUCCGAAAAUGAAGAAUUGGGAUUGCCGAUGCAACCACUUGUUUGGGCGUUGGCAUUCGGUGCUUGCUUAGGAGGCAAUGGGACGUUGAUCGGGGCUUCUGCCAAUGUUGUGUGUGCGGGUGUAGCUCAGCAGCACGGCUAUAAAUUUACUUUUAUGGAUUUCUUCAAGGUCGGCUUUCCGCUCAUGAUUGGGAAUGUAAUUGUAGCAACAGCCUAUUUAAUGGUCGCUCAUGUACUGUUCGCAUGGCAUUAGAAAAUGUUUGUUAAAGCAUCGAACGCCAGUUUUUUUUUUACUCACUCACUUUGGUUGGAGCUUACGUACAACUCAAACUAACACCACUAGUUGACAUAGAGUUAGCGAAUUGAUACAUAAGUUUACACUGUUGGUACCCUCAAAGCUUAAUUUAUAUUUCGUUGUAAGUAGAUCAAUAAGGAUAGAAUAAU